CUGUCCUCACUGUUCAGUGACCAACAGAUCCCAGAGAGAGCAGAGGGUGCGUUUGAUUUUUGUCUCAGAGCAGGAUGAGUGUUGUGAAGAGAGCCGUGCUGCUGACGCUGCUGCUGGCGGCGAUCGGCAGCUCCGCCGCAGCGGGCCCCGAAGACUGCCACGGUGUGAACGAAAAGCUGCAAACUAAAGACAUUCACAAGAUUUUCGGGGACUGGGUCCUGGUCUGGUCCGUCACUGACCACGACAAAGGCAACGCGCUGCUUCAAAACGUCACCAGCUCCCACGUCGAGUUAAGACUCCGCGAUGACAAGAAGACGGUCAUGUUCACAGAGAGGAACAUCUACACACACCAGUCAUGUGUCACCUACAUCAUCAACAUGACGAUGCCCACUGACCCACUGGACAGCACCAUGACCACCUUUCCUGGUUCCAUGGAGAAGGACGAACUUCUUGAAUUGUACAACGAGACAGCGACUGUGACUUUCUUCGAGACCUGCCCCGACUGUCUGUCGAUGGUCUUCAAGGACAGCGAGGGACGAUUCCUGCUCAACUACAGGAAGGAUGGGCAUCACCUUAAUGUUGAGAAGUUGAAAGCAGACCACAGCGAUCACCACAAACUGGCCGCCUGUCUGGGAUUCCCCGCCAACGCCAAGCCGUUCAACUACGACGGAGCUGCAGAUUUCUGUCAUAAGAAAUCAACUGACUGCCAAGGUCUGGACGUAAAGCUGCAAACAGAAGACAUUCACAAGAUUUUCGGGGACUGGGUCCUGGUCUGGUCCGUCACUGAUCACGAGAAAGGCAACGCGCUGCUUCCAAAAGUCACCAGCUCCCACGUCGAGUUCAAAAUCCGCGAUGACGAAAAGACGGUCAUGUUCACAGAGAGGAACGCUUACACACACCAGCCGUGUGUCACCUACAUCAUCAACAUGACGAUGCCCACUGACCCGCUGGACAGCACCAUGACCACCUUUCCUGGUUCCAUGGAGAAGGACGGACUUCUUGAGGUGUACAAUGAGACAGCAUCUGUGACUUUCUUCGAGACCUGCCCCGACUGUCUGUCGAUGGUCUUCAAGGACAGCGAAGGACGAUUCCUGCUCAACUACAGGAGGGAUGGGCAUCACCUUAAUGUUCAUAAGUUGAAAGCAGACCACAGCGAUCACCACAAACUGGCCGCCUGUCUGGGAUUCCCCACCGACGCCAACCCGUUCAACUACGAUGGAGCUGCAGAUUUCUGUCAUAAGAAAUCAACUGACUGCCAAGGUCUGGACGUAAAGCUGCAAACAGAAGACAUUCCCAGGAUUUUCGGGGAAUGGGUCCUGGUCUGGUCCGUCACUGACCACGAAAAAGGCAACGCACUGCUUCCAAAAGUCACCAGCUCCCACGUCGAGUUCAGACUCCGCGAUGACGAAAAGACGGUCAUGUUCACAGAGAGGAACGCUUACACACACCAGGCCUGUGUCACCUACAUCAUCAACAUGACGAUGCCCACUGACCCGCUGGACAGCACCAUGACCACCUUUCCUGGUUCCAUGGAGAAGGACGGACUUCUUGAGGUGUACAACGAGACAGCGACUGUGAAUUUCUUCGAGACCUGCCCCGACUGUCUGUCGAUUGUCUUCAAGGACAGCGAGGGACGAUUCCUGCUCAACUACAGGAGGGAGGGGCAUCACCAGGAUGUUCAUAAAUUGAAAGCAGACCACACCAAUCACCACAAACUGGCCGCCUGUCUGGGAUUCCCCGGCAACGUCGACCCGUUCAACUACGACGGAGCUGCAGAUUUCUGUCAUAAGAAAUCAUCCCCGGAGGUGAAGCCAGAAGCGUCCUGAGUGAAGACGUUGGAGCAAAACAAUCAUAUUUCAGAUAUGUCCUCCACCAAUACAAUAAAAGCAAAUACUAAAACAUG